AAAAUUUUGCCCACCUGUUGUCGAACACCCUGUAUAUAUAUGGAAUCCUGUUCACUACAUAUAUUGUCAUGGGAAGAGAGACAUCUCUAUGGGAGGUAGGGACAUCGCUUUUUGGGAAAAAUCGUAAUAAUAAAAACUCUGGGAUCGUAUCAUUGCAGUAGCACAAUUUUCAUUUAGCGCAUCAAAGUGAUAAUGAUAUUGUUCUUAUCAACGCAUUGUUUGUAUAGAAUGUUAUCAUGAUAAGGCAAUUAGUGAUAUCUUGGUUAUAGAGUAGUAAAAUUUAACGAUGGAAGUUCCUUCAAAAAACACAGUUUUAAUAACUGGAUUUGGUCCAUUCAGUAACCAUAUUGUUAACGCCAGCUGGGAAGCCGUGAAAGAAUUAAACAAACUGUGCGCUACUUCAAAAGAAUUAAAAAAUGUUGAAGUAAUUGUGAAAGAAAUGUCGGUUUCAUACGAAGAUGUAGAUACUUAUGUACCCAAACUUUGGGAAGAAUAUAAACCUACACUAGUUCUACAUGUAGGUGUAUCUAGUAAAGCAAAAUCUUUAACUAUAGAAUGUUGUGCUCAUAGCAAUGGUUAUUUAAGACAAGACACAUGUGAUAAGUGUCCAGAUGAAAGUAAUAUUAAACCUAAAAUUUUGGAAACUAAAAUCAAUGUUAACAAAAUAUGCAGUGCAAUUAAUGAAAAUUCAGAGUGUGAUGCUUGCAUAUCACAUGAUGCAGGACGAUAUUUGUGUGAAUAUAUAUUUUACAAAUCCCUACAGAUUGAUCCUAUGAAAACAUUAUUUAUUCAUGUUCCUGAUUUUGAUCAAUAUUCAAGCAUACAAACUGCAAAAGGUUUGCAUGACAUUUUAUGUUACCUAAUUAAGGAUAUGAAAAACAUGAAGGAUUAAAUUUUUAUAUAUAUAUAUAUAAACAUAAUUCAAAUAACUUUUUAUGGUAAUUUAUAAAAUGUAAUUUUAAU